AUGGCCUCACCACCGCACAACAGCUACUCCUUCCCCGGCGGCGCCCGCUCUCCACCACACCUCCCAUCCCUCACCACCUCGUCUCUGUCUAAGAAACGCGCCGCCGACGGCUCUGGUCCUUCGCCCAACAUGAAGCGCCGUAAAGGGUCCGUCAUGUCUGUCGGCUCCGCCCACCCGCUCCGACAAACCUCCUUCCCGCCCGACGAAGCCCCCGGCGGCGCCCGCUCCCCGUCCGUCGACAUAGACGCCAUGUCCUACGUCAGCGGCACAGCCCAAAGCGUAGUCAGCGCUGCCGCCAGCGCUGCUCCCACCGUGCCGACUGGUCCGCCUAAGAAGAAGCGUGGCCGUAAGAGCAAGGCGGAGAAGGCAAGGGAACAGACGCCUAGUGUUGUUGGUGCUGGAGCCGGUGGUAAGCCGGGGACGGCGCCGCCUAGUGAGGUUGGUGGGUCGACGGUUGGGAGAGGUGCUAAGAGUGCUGCGGGCGGGAAGGACCAAGGCGGGCAAGGACAGGAUGAUCAGGAUGACGACGAGGGCCCGACGGAGGUGGCGGCUACGGCGGAUACGUUGACGAAGGAACAGAAGGAGGAGGAGCAUAGGCAGAGGGGAAUGCUGAUUAAUGCGUUUUCACCGGAUCAGUUUGAUCGGUUUGAGAAUUGGAGGGCGGCGAACUUGAGUAAGGCUGGUGUUAGGAGGUUGAUCAACGCAACCAUCUCCCAGUCCGUUACCGAAAACGUGGUUAUUGGCAUGCGAGCGGUAGCCAAGGUCUUCAUUGGCGACAUCAUCGAGGGCGCACGUCGUGUGCAAGCGGAGUGGAUCGAGAAGACGGGCGAGAAGCAGACCGAUUUGCCUAGUCCGCCGGCGACGCCUCACGCGGCUGCUUCCAACAACAAUAACAACAACCUUGCAGGCGGCGAGGGACAACAGCAGUCGCAGACGCUAGGAAAUUGUGCACAGACAAACGGCGAGAACGGAGAGGGUGGAGAUGCAGCAGCAGUCGACAAGGGCGACGAGAACAUGCCCGACGCUUCCCAGCAGGAGAAGGAAAAGGAAAAGGAGCGGGACGACCGUCGCGGUCCGCUACGUCCGGAACAUCUCCGUGAGGCUCUGCGCCGCUACAAGAUGGGAUUCGAGGGUGGUGGUGUUGGCAUGCAGUUGAUUUGGCAUCAACAGCAGCAGAACGGUGUCGAGAGGUUUCCUACGAGGACUGGUGGCCGGAGGAUUUUCCGCUGAGUGUGUGGUACUAAUUUUGCCAAGCACGUUUACCAAUAGUACGGCACUGAAAAGCGGGAAAGUUGUGUUUCGGUCGCAUUGUUGUUUGUUGGCGUUUUAAGGGCAGUUUAUUUUGUUUCUUUUUUUUUU